AUGCCGCACGCUCCCAAGAAACCCAACCAGGGUGGAAGACGCAGCAAGAAGCCUCGGACGGAGAAGAACAACAAGAGCAGUGGCCAUGACGAGGUUCUCCAAACCGACAUCGACCAACUUUUGCGCAAGAACAAGCCGGAGACUGGAGUCGCUGCCGACUCUGCAGCGGAGACAGCGCAACCGACGCUCCCAGAAGCCUUCACCGAGAUCGAAGUGACCGUCGCAGAGCUGUCAUCUACGGGUGACGGUCUUGCCUUGUCGGAGAAUGCCGACCAUGUCUACGUUGUGCCUUUCUCCGUGCCCGGCGACAAGGUACUGGUGAAGGUGGUGCGACACUUCGAGUCUCAGUCCUACAGCUUGACGGACUUUGUCAAGGUCAUUGAACCGGGUCCCACGCGCGACGAUUCCCUUAUUGGAUGCCAAUAUUUCGGCAAAUGUUCCGGCUGUCAGCUCCAGAUGAUGUCGUACGAGGACCAGCUGGCCCACAAGAAGCGCAUCGUGGAGAAGGCGUACGCCAACUUCUCCGGCCUCAUCCCGGAGUUGAUCCCCGCCAUUGGCGAGACGUUCCCCUCUCCUCUGCGCUAUGGAUAUCGCACAAAGCUCACACCGCAUUUCGCUGCUCCUGCCGGAAACUCGAGGCGACAGAAGGGACCCGGACAACCUCACACCGAAGUGCCGCCGAUCGGCUUCACCUACAAGAACCGACGCCUGGAUCUCGACAUCGAGGAUUGCCCGCUGGGAACCGACAUCGUUCGCAAGGGUCUCAAGAGCGAGAGGAAGAGGGUCGCGGACAACAUUGGACACUAUACUAAAGGCGCAACGCUCCUAAUGCGCGAGUCGACUACUCGCAUCCCCAAGGACCAAGCCGACACCGCAGCCGAACCCAGCGCCGAAGAAAAGAACCAAAGCGACAAAGAUUCGGGAGACGUGAUCCGCGUGGAGCACGACGACUACAUCGAGGAGAAGCGCUGCGUGACAGACAACAACGCGACCUCGAUCGAGUACGUCGACGACUAUAUGUUCACCAACAAAGCCGGCGCCUUCUUCCAAAACAACAACUCCAUCCUCUCCGGCUUCACCGACUACAUCCGCCAACAAUCCCUGCCCCCUCACACCCAAGACGCCUCCAAACCCCUCAAAUACCUCCUCGACGCUUACUCCGGCUCCGGCCUCUUCACCAUCACCCUCUCCACCAUCUUCAAAUCCAGCCUGGGCGUCGACGUCGCCGGCGACUCCAUCGCCUCUGCCCGCGAUAACGCCCGCGCCAACAACCUCCCCAACACCGGUUUCGCCGCCGCCGACGCCGCCACCCUCUUCAAAGACGUCCCCUACCCUCCCGACCAGACCCUCCUUGUCAUCGAUCCCCCGCGCAAGGGCUGCAGCGAAGACUUCCUGCGCCAGUUCCUCGCCUUCGGUCCCCGGCGCGUCGUCUACGUUAGUUGUAACGUGCACACCCAGGCUCGUGACGUCGCGGUCAUGGUGCAGGGCGACGACGCGAAGAAGGUCCGCUACGAGAUUGAGAGUAUCCGCGGAUUCGACUUUUUCCCGCAGACGGGUCACGUCGAGGGUGUGGCUAUUCUGAAUAAGGUGGAUAUGUAA